GGGUUCCCGUUAGUUUGUCGUUGGCGCUCGGCUCGCGCGCGAGCCGACGUCACCGCCUGUGACGUCGGCUCGCGAAAUACGUCAUACCCUGCACACAAAAUAGCCGGCUGCCGAACAGCGCUAAGGGACUCAAGAUUCUUACAUACACGGCCGUGUCUUUAUUUGGUUUUUAUUUGGUUGUGAUAUACCUGUGAUACCCCUGUGUGAUACCUACCUACCUUGGUAGCAGCGUGCUCUUUACAAACUAUGGCGGGCGCCGACAUGUCUCCGACCAGCUGUGCGGCGCUGGUGGAGCUUCAUCUGCAGCUGCUGGAGCUGGAGCGGCAGGCCGAGCUGGCGCAGACGCGCGACCUGCUCAGCGCGCUCUCCGUGCGCCAGUUGUGUGAGCGCGGCGUCUGCCUGGCGCGCCUGGAGCCGACGGAGCGGCGCUCGGCGCUGUACGGCCGCUGUCUGCUGGUGCUGCGGCAGCCGAGCGUCGGCCGCCAGCCAUCGCCGCUGCCCAGUCACACGCUGACGCCGGGCGACAUCGUCUCGGUGACGGAGGCCGGUCGGUCGCCGACCGAGGCCGGCCGGCAGGCGGUCGUGUGGCGUGUCUCGGCCGCUGAGCUGACGCUGGCCCUCUCGGAGGAUGCCGACUCCGCGGAGGAGCUGGAUGACCGACCGUUGACCGUGCUGAAGGUGGCUAACGACAUCACCUACCGGCGGCUGCGCGCUGCCCUGGAGGGCCUGGAGACGCUGGUGGCCGGACCCGCUGGGCUGCUGCGAGCCACUCUGUUCGGUGAGACGGCGCUGGAGCCGCCGAUGCCGCGCCUGCCGCCGCAGCUACUCGACCCUGAGGGCCAGCUCCAGCUGGUGAAUACCAACCUGGACGCGUCACAACGCCAGGCGGUGGAGUUCGUCCUUCGUCAGAAGCGUCUGGCCAUCAUCCACGGUCCGCCCGGCACCGGCAAAACCACCACCGUUGUGGAGACGAUCCUGCAGCACGUGCGACUGGGACAGCGCGUGCUAGCCUGUGCGCCUUCUAACACUGCCGUGGACAAUCUGCUGGAGCGGCUGUGGGCGGCCGGUGCCACGCGGAUGGUGCGUCUAGGUCACCCGGCUCGUAUACAGGACUCACUGCAGGGGUUCUCCCUGGACGCCCGCGUUGCCGGCAGUGACGGCUCGGCGGUGGUGCGAGAGGUGCGCCGCGAGAUGGACGAUACACUGCGGCAGCUGCGCGCGCCCGGCGGUCAGGCGGGCGCUCUGCGCGCUCAGCUGCGCCGGCUCCGCGCAGAGCAGCGUGAGCGAGAGCAGGCGGUGACGACCGACAUUCUGCGCCGCGCCGCGGUCGUGCUCGCCACUCUGACGGCCGCCAGUGACGACGGACCGCUGAAGCUGCUCGGCGGGGAGCUGUUUGACCUGGUGGUGAUCGACGAGUGCUCUCAGUCGGUGGAGGCCGCCUUGUGGAUCGCCGCGCGGCGCGCAGAGAAGCUGCUGUUGGCCGGCGACCACUGCCAGCUGCCCCCGACCAUCGUCAGUCAGGAGGCGGCGCGCCGCGGCCUGGCCGUCUCCCUGAUGGAGCGGCAGGUGGAGCUGCAGGGGGGUCAGGCGGUGCGCAUGUUGUGCACCCAGUACCGGAUGCACGAGCUGAUCCAGCAGUGGCCGUCGGAGCGGCUGUACGGCGGCCGGCUGGAGGCGGCGCCGGCCGUGCGCCGCCACCGGCUGCCCCAGCUGGCCACCGUCGAGGAGACAAUGGAGUCGGGCCCGACGCUGCUGCUCGUCGACACGGCCGGCUGCCGGCUGGACGAGGUGCAGACCGACGAGGCCGGCUCGCGAGGUAACGAGGGAGAAGCCGACAUCGUGCUCUCGCACGCUCGCUCGCUGGUAGAGGCGGGUCUAGCACCUGACCAGAUUGGCAUCAUCACGCCGUAUAACCUGCAGGUGGGCCUGAUCCGCGACCGGCUGCGCACCGCUGGACUGACUGUAGAGGUCAACUCUGUGGAUGGGUUUCAGGGACGAGAGAAGGAGGCCAUUCUGCUGUCACUAGUGCGCUCAAACAAGCGCGGUGAGGUUGGUUUCCUGGCAGAACAGCGGCGUAUCAAUGUGGCGGUGACUCGCGCGCGUCGGCAGCUGUUCGUCGUGUGCGACACGGCGACUGUGGGCGCCGAUCCGUUCCUGAGGUCGCUGAUCGACCACAUGACCCAGCUGGGGGAGGUGUGCUCGGCACACGUGUACGAGCGUGACAUCGGCCCGGCCACCGUGACACCGGCCGCGCCGCGCAAACACGAGUCCAAACAGAAAACAAAAGAGACUGCCAAAAACGGGAACGUCAAAGCGACAAAAGCAAAACCGGCGGCGAAGUCUGGUCAGAAGUCGACCCGUCCUAUCGGUGUCCCUGUGAAACCACCGGCUUUAGAGCGGACCGAGGCUGGCGCUCAACCUGGAGCUGAAGAGGAAGUGGAUCAGGAGGAUACAUUUGAGGACGAAGUACGUCAGAAGUUGGCAGAGUUCCUCUCCUCCUCGGAGAGCAAGCUGGCGUUCCCCGCCACCCUGAACUCAUUCCAGCGGAUGAAGGUUCACGAGGUAUCCGAGGAGCUGGGUCUAAUCCACACGAGCUGUGGGGAGGGCAAACAGCGGUAUAUGACGGUCGAGAGGGCGGCGGCGGCCGGCGGUGACGUGGCUGGCGACUCCAGCGCCGCCCGCAGUCCGCCUGCUCGUGUAGAUGGCGCUGACGGCGUGCCGGUGGGCAGCUCUGCGGCGAAACUACCCGGCGGUGAUAAGACAGUCUCUGGUGGAUCCACCACGGCUGAGCGUGCAACAUUUCAGUCAAACUCCGCCUCAGACCAGAGGAUGGAUACGUCUGAGUUGCAACAGCCGAUCAUCGCAACAGUCAAGUGUGAAAACUGUGGCAAGGAGAUUCCAAAAGCCAAUUCAGAACUUCACGCAUUACGUUGCACUCGGCCAUCAUCACCGCCCGCCGCCGCUGCCCCCGCUACCACCACCCAGUCAAAAUCCAGCAAACCGAACAAAUCCAAGAAGAGCAAAAGUCGCCCUUCGGAGACGCCUGCGGAGGACGCAGACGACUUUGACUCGCUCGUCUCAUCGUUUGCCAGCAUGAACAAGCGCUGUAACAUCGAGCCCAAGUGUUCUAGCGGCAUCUCCAUCCGUCAGACAUGUCCCUACUGCCAGCGCGUGUUCUGCCUCUCACACUGGAUGGCCGAGGCCCACGGGUGUGGCGAGGCGGCGCGCCGAGACGCCCGCGCCAAAUUCAUCUCGGGUGCGCAGAACCGCGCCAAAAACUCGGCCGAGGAGGAGCGGCGGAAGGCCCUCCUCCACAUCAAACUGGACAAAACGCUCAACAAAAUGGAGGCUGGCAGGAAGGCCAAGCCGGCCAAAAAGAAGUGAGCUGAGUAAAUUUGUAGCUGAUGUAACUGAUAAGAUGGUUGUGCCUUGUUUUGCGGAUAUGGUGCUAGUACUGAGUGAUGUGCUCUGCUGCUGGGUGCUGACUGCACGUUGUUAACUGCUGUGAUAUUCUAAUUUAAUGUAAUAUUUACAGACAAUUAUCACGCAUGUCUGUGUUUGAAGAUCUCGGUCGAUGUGGGAUAUUUGAAACGCGUUGUGGA